CACGGCACACAGCACGCAGUCACAAUAACAGCGCACAACCCAACCAGGCCGUCAUCUUUCUCCUCUCUCCUCUAUAAAAGGCAAGCUAGCCCCAUAAUCCUGCAAACUGCAUUCUCGAUCAUCGGCUACCUACCAGCUCGCUGUUCUUGCUGAAGCCCUGGAGCUAUAUAGCUUCGAUCUGCGCAGCACAGGUUGUCUGUCGACUAGUGAUUAGUGAAGAAGAUGGCGGCGCGUGACCACCGAGAGCUGAGCGGCGACGAGGACUCCGUGGUGGCGGCCGGAGACCUCCGCCGCGGGCCAUGGACGGUGGAGGAGGACAUGCUCCUCGUCAACUACGUCGCCGCGCACGGCGAGGGCCGCUGGAACGCGCUGGCACGAUGCGCAGGGCUCCGGCGGACGGGGAAGAGCUGCCGCCUGCGGUGGCUCAACUACCUGCGGCCGGACCUGCGGCGGGGCAACAUCACGGCGCAGGAGCAGCUGCUCAUCCUGGAGCUGCACUCCCGCUGGGGCAACCGCUGGUCCAAGAUCGCGCAGCACCUCCCGGGGCGCACCGACAACGAGAUCAAGAACUACUGGCGCACGCGGGUGCAGAAGCACGCCAGGCAGCUCAACUGCGACGUCAACAGCCAGCGCUUCAAGGACCUCAUGCGCUACAUCUGGAUGCCGCGCCUCCUCGAGCGCAUCGGCUCCGACGACUCCGGGGACGGCGCCUUCGUUAUCGACGCCGCCACGCCGACGCCAACGCCGACGCUCCUCACGGCCGCCACGUGGUGCGUGGACGACGUCGAGCUGUCCUGCACCACCGCCGUGUCGUCGUCGUCGUCCGUGUCCACGGACAGCAUGCACCAGCAGCAGCAGCAGCAGCAGCUCGUCGCCGUGUCCCCGCCGCCACAGCCCGCCGCCUUUGGCGAGAGCAACAACGACGCCUCCCACUACGGUGUCCACAACAGCAACGCUGCUAUGUCCAUGUGGGGGGACACGCUGUGCCAACCACCGCACUCGGCGACGCCGCACCUGGCGGGCGCCGGGACCUGCAGCUGGUCAGACGAGUCUCUGCUGGUACCUGAUGCCGGCGGCGGCGUGUACGCCGACAUGGGGCUUCCGGACCUCUGCGACACCGACACCAUGUGGGCCGCCGGCGCCAGCGCCGACGACGACCUGUGGUACACGCAGAUAAUGGGGCUGUGAAAUUAAAGCAAGUCCGCCGGCGGCCGGUUGGAUUUGGCCUCAUGGAUUUCUAUCUAGCCCGGUGGAAGCGGCGGGCAGCGAGUUAAUUAAUUAGUAUUGUAGAUGACACACACAACACAGUCAGCAGCAAGAAGUCUACACAAUCGUCUAGACGGGCUGGAAGAAGGAGAAGGCCAUUAUUGGUGGGCUUUUGACCGUGAAGACUGAAACCAUGCGUCGUCUUCGUCCCACUUUGGCCGCCAAUAAUUUUUCUUCUCCAGUUCUUGCCCAUUCAUUCGCUGCUAUACUUUCUAGCUAGAAGCUAGCAGCUUUAGUAUAUGGUCAUGGUCAUGGAGUAGCAGCUAGCAGAGCACUAUCUAGUUUACCACCAUAAGGUGUUUGCUUUUUUUCUUCCUCAUCCUCACCUCCAUUGAUUCUUUGUGGGUAAAUAUAUCGGAGUGGUUAUUGGUUUGUAACUUUGUUAAGUGUCUGGUGAUGAUCCUGGAAAGAAAGAAACAAAGAAAAAGGUCUCGGUUGAAAUAAAAGCUGAAACACCAAUCAAUGCCUGCACUGGGUGUUUAGUUUGUUCA